CCUAUACCACUCUUACACCUACGUUAUUACAAGUAGGCAAAUUGCUACACUGCCUUUACAGUAGACAACGCUCGCGGCUAGGAAACGCCAAUCAGUUCGCUUACGGCUUUACACCGCGCUUUUCUCCUUAAUCCUUUUGCAUCCUCGUCCCCAAAAUGAGGGGCACAGUUCUACCCCAGACAAGUCGCUGCAAAGUAACUAGGGCUGCGGCCGCCCCCAGGCGUCCUGUCGUCGUGACUUGUGCCUUUAUGGCUGCCAGUCGUAGCCUUGCGCUAGGCGGGAAAUGCCCAUACAGAACGCUGGGCGUGAGUUAUGAUGCUGAUGAAGAGGCCAUCAAGGUAGCGUUUAGGCGCAAGGCUAAGCAAUGCCACCCGGACGUCUGCCCUACCGACCCUCUUGCGACGCUUGCAUUCUUGGAAUGCCAGCACGCGUAUCAGACGCUUCUAGAUCCCGAGAAGCGUGCCAAAUACGACAAGACGUUGCUUCCUCGCGCAAACUGCAACCAGGCGCUUUCGUAUCUCAACGCCCGCUCAUGCGCGCGCCACGGCAUCUCCAUAUCCCGCAUGGCUGCUCGAGGAGCCUGCACGGAGCGUCCCGAGCUCUACUCGACCAUGCUUGACCUGCUUCAGCAAGUCAAGUCUUGCGCUAAGAACCUCGAGCGCGAGAUCAUCGCCAAGGAUAGCACACGCCCUCACAGCUACGGACUGCAUCGCUCGGCUACGUUUGCGCCCUCCAUCACCGACGGGAAGCUUGUCGUACAGGAGUCCUUGGAGUGCAGCGAGCACGAGUGCUGCGAGCCGUGGGUCUACUACGCUGCGCAGUCGGAGGCGGCAACCAAGCGCCGGUUUUAACCUCUUGACCUAGCUCGUGCAGUUUGAAUCCAAUCGCGCCAAGCUGCGUUGAACUCCAAACUGGUGUUGGGCACGGGGUCAGAGUUAACAGCUGGUCGCGAUGGGCAAGGAGGCGGACCGAUGCUCUCUGCCUCACGCAUGCUGCCGGCUUUUGCGUGCGUGCGGCAUUCUUCCCGUCAUGCUGGCCGGCUGGCUUCCAUUUGGGUCGGCCCUGCUGUACGCUCCGUAGAUGAUGAAGUGUGUGGGUGGGGCGAUUGCAGGGGCGUGCCGCCCUGCGUAUUAUCGUCAGCUGUAGCUGUUGAUGAGAUAUGCGCGCGCCUGUGGGAGACCGCACGCCUGCCCGGCCUUCUAUUCACGAACACUGUCCUAGCCUACGCUGCGCCUGCAGCGAGCCCUGCGAAGCCUAUGCUGCAGCGCGGUAAGCGGUGGUGAGGACAAGAAUGCUUGCCUGCGAAUGAGGCUGUCACCGGCUGUUAUAAGCUUGUGACCGGAUUGCUGCUAUUGGAAAGUUGUUGUGGGGGAGACGCUGCGUUGUAUGUCGGUUGGGGCUUGUUGAGGACGUGUUGGGGACGGCCCGAUCGAAGGCCGGAAGCGAUGAGAAGCGAUGAUGGCGAGGUCAUGGCAUGUCGGAGUAUUGUACUGCAAGGCACGCAUAUCUGAGGAGUGAGGGAUUUCUAGUUUUGGGUGUGGGUUGCAUUGGGGGACAAUUGGACUGGCGUCUUAUUUGGACAUGAUUCGAUGCAAGUGCGUGUGAGCCCGGUUCUCCGGGGUUGUUACCAGCAGGCAGGAGCAGAUAGCGAGGGGCGGAGAGCCCCCAUGUCAUAUAAAAUGGAUUGCUAUCAGAACGUGGGGCGUGUACGGCACUUCGCGCCGGCACCAUGAUGUGCCUUGCUGUUUGGCCGUGGACAAUCGACGUAGUUUCUUAUUGUGGUUAUGGUGGUGGUUGAGUGUGGUUAUUACCUCGCCAGGCUCGCGGGAGGCUUGUGUCCUGAGUGCCGCCACCCCUUUCAGCUCGGUUGCAGCAUUCAUCCGGCGUGUGCCUCCCCCUGUUACAUCCGUAUGGGUUGGGGCAGUCAUGUGAGCGGGUUUGCGGUACGCUGAUGCGGUAUUGACGCGUCGUGUGUGUUUAGAACACUGGCUGCGAAGAGAAAGAAGAGGAGGGCAUUUACUGAAGCAUAUGGAGACGACAGCGUGGUUUUUUGUUGUUGUUGGUUAUGGGCGGCUAUUUGGAGUUUCUGCGAGGGUAUCAACCAUAUUAUGCAUGUGGCCGCUUGUUGUGUGGCUGAGAGCCCUAUUAUCAUGUGAAGGCCUUACUUUGGGGGUCCUUGACCCCAGGUUUCGCUCAGGAGUUGUGCGCUGAUGUGGUUGCAUGGGCGGAUGAUACCUGGCCGUAUCUGGCGCAGCGGGAGGGCGUCCGUCCCUCUGCCGUGUUCUACUGGGCUAGGGUCCGCCGAGUUGGGCAUUAGGGCAAGAUGAAGAAGACGAAGAACACCGAAGAAUUACUCUUUAGGUAGUAUUAGAGAUGCAUACCUGCUUGCGUGGUGGUGUGUCGCCGGCAGGCGGAGGGGGGCGACACGCAUUUCAACGGCGGCGUCGCAGGCGGCAGCGGCGGCAGCUGGCUGGUUGGAAGGGCCCUGUCACGACUGACCGCUUGGCUGUUGGUUCCCAGCUGCGGGUUCGUCUGCUUUCGCUGUUGAUGCCGCUGCUGUCAUGGCCCUUUAGGGCCUGCGUGUCCCAUCGAGUUAGCCAUUCUUUCAACAACAGUAUAUCUUUUACUAUCGCGUAUGAUGUUGCAUUGCUUCUUGGAUGGUGGGGGUCCUGUUGCCUGGGGUCGCGGGUAGGCCUCUGCUUGGCUCUCUCUCCUCGCGAGUACGGCUCCUCCUCUUGUUGAUGAUGCUUCAAUGUUGAACGUUGUGCGUCGUCUGGAUCCGAGUUUCCUGCUGGCGUGGUGUGUGCUGAUUUGGAGGUUCUAUGGUCGUAUGUGUGUAGGCACUUUAUGUCUAGCAGCUGGUGAUAAGCCUUAUAUAACACUGUCAAAAGUCAGGCCGUUCGUUUGCAUUUUGGGGCGGAGAAGAAGAAUCACGAACACUGAAGGACUCGUAUGAUGCCAUUUGUAUCAUAAGGCAGACGCAAGGGAGGGCAAGAACUGGGACGCGCAUGGAAACCAGCCUGGUCUUGGCCGGUUGUGUGGCUACUGCUGCUGCUGCUGUUGCACCAGCGGCGGGCGGCGGUGGCACGUGAUUUUGGGACACAUGAAGCUGUGGUUCGUCUCAAGUUCAGGUUCAUUGCCGCUGUAGUUAUUCGUCAGGCGCCCAUACACGCUUGUUUGGAGGCGUGCUGUGGGGGCGUCGUUUUGGGAACUCGUGUCAUGCAAUAAAGAUGACUGCUUUUCUGGCACUGUUUUCACGACGUGUAGGUUGCGGAUGUAUCGUGGGGUGGAGCGCGGUCCUCAUGCUCUGGGUACGCGUGUCGCCCCCUUUUCGAGAGGUCAUGAGUGGGCAUCCGUGCUUACGCGUGUCCUCUUGCCCUGUAGGAGCGUACGGCCCUCUACGUGCUGCUGUCUUUGCUGCUGGCACGGUGCGGGGCUGCGCUCUCUCAGCUUUGGGAGCUUUACUAGCUUUGUCCAGAGCGCUGUGGGAUUCCGAGGUAUUGCCGUGUUUUCCGACUGUUUCUAAGACAUGAUAUAGCUUUCAACAGGUUGAGAUGCCUGUUUCUGCACUGGAUUCCGGCGGGCGGGAGGGGAUGCGGGAUGUGUUUGCAACAGUAUUGCCGUAUUUGGGAUUGUGGGAAUGGAGGCGGCUUGUGAUGGGAAUUGGGUGGUGGCCUUUUUUGGGUGAAGGUUUAUGUAGUAGGGUGCCGUACCCCCGCCGUACCCCGUCGGUCCUCUGCAUCGAAGUGUGUGUGCCAUGAUAUGAUUGGCUGAGUGUGUUUUGUUCCUUUAUUUACAUCGCCGUUCGCUCGUGUUAAGUAGGAGUUGGGGUCGCUCGAGUUCUUGUUUCUCCUCGAAACCUGUUAGUUGGCUUUCUGUUGUACUGAGGGAAGAGUGUGUAGUAGUAGGAUGUGCUGCGCGCCCUCGGGAACUGCCCCGUUGUACGAUGUCUAGACUGCUCAAGGCCUGUACGACCAAAGAGUGUAAUGAAUCGCUACGCCA